AUGGGGAACACCACGUCCUGCUGCGUCUCCUCCAGCCCCAAGCUGCGCCGGAAUGCCCACUCUCGGCUGGAAUCCUACCGCCCCGAGGCCGACCUGAGCCGGGAGGACACGGGCUGCAACCUGCAGCACAUCAGCGACCGGGAGAACAUCGACGAUUUGAACAUGGAAUUCAACCCAUCAGAUCAUCCACGGGCCAGUACGAUAUUUCUCAGUAAAUCACAAACAGAUGCUCCCUGGGAGGAAAAUUAUUUUGAUUUAUGUGUUAGUUGCCUCCAGAGUUGUAUCCUAAAUGCUGUGGUAUUUUCAGUGGAACAGAGCUCCACAGGCUCUCUAUGGGUGAGAGAAAAACGCAAGAGUCUCUAUAUAAACCACCAUCCUCCUGGGCAGUUGAGAAGGAAGUACAGUUCAUGCUCCACUAUUUUCCUGGAUGACAGCACGGUUAGUCAACCAAACCUCAAGUAUACCAUCAAAUGUGUAGCUCUUGCAAUAUAUUACCACAUCAAAAACAGGGACACAGACGGAAGAAUGCUCUUAGAUAUAUUUGAUGAAAACCUUCAUCCCCUUUCGAAAUCCGAAGUGCCACCAGACUAUGACAAACACGAUCCAGAGCAGAAACAGAUUUACCGCUUUGUCCGGACGUUGUUCAGUGCUGCUCAACUGACUGCUGAAUGUGCCAUUGUCACCCUGGUAUAUCUUGAAAGACUCUUAACUUAUGCAGAGAUAGAUAUUUGUCCAGCAAACUGGAAGCGAAUAGUACUGGGGGCAAUUCUUCUGGCAUCUAAAGUUUGGGAUGACCAGGCAGUGUGGAACGUGGAUUACUGCCAGAUCCUGAAGGAUAUCACGGUUGAAGACAUGAACGAGCUAGAACGCCAGUUUCUUGAGCUGUUACAGUUCAAUAUUAAUGUUCCCUCCAGUGUUUAUGCCAAGUAUUAUUUUGAUUUGCGUUCCCUGGCAGAAGCAAAUAACCUGAGUUUUCCCUUGGAGCCCCUCAGCAGGGACAGGGCAUAUAAACUUGAGGCCAUUUCUCGCCUAUGUGAAGAUAAAUACAAGGACUUCAGGAAAGCUGCAAAGAAGCGGUCGGUCAGUGCUGACAAUCUGACUGUGGUUAGAUGGUCCCCUGCAAUUAUCUCCUAA